AUGUCCAACAAGGCCGCUCUCAAAGCUGUGCGCACGGCGCUGGAUUCGAAGGAUUUCCAGCAGGCAGCCGAAAAAGCGAAAGAUUUGGUGCAGCAGGAACCUCAAAAUUACCAUGCAAAUGUCUUCCUAGGUCUUGCGUUGGACAGGCUCAACCAAACCCAAGAUGCUGAGAAGGCCUAUCUCGCAGCCACCCGUGUCAAAGAGGGCGAAAAGACGGCAUGGCAGGGACUUAUCAGCGUGUAUGAAAAACAAGGGAGUUUGAAGCUCGACUCGUAUCGCGAAGCAGUCUUGAACCUCGGUCAAAUAUUCGCUGAAGCAGAUGACAAGCAUCGCUGUCAAGAUGCCGUGGGUAAAUUUAUCGACUUUGCCAAAAAGCAUGGCAGUCGUUCUCAAUACAGGAAAGCGAUCGAACUCCACCUCCCCUCGAGCCCGUUGUACGACUUCCUCGAAGGCCGUGUCCCACACCCUGCACAUACAUACCUGCGCCUCAUUGAGAUGACCGAGGCAGAAGAGAAAGAAUUCAUAAACCGGGAGAUCGGCGAGCGGCGCACACGAUUGGGAGCCAGAGUUGACCAGGUUACCUUAGAGGUCAAACGAGAGGCUUUCAAGCGGAGUGAACUAGAGCCACUCUAUCGUGGAAUAGUGAACUGGUCCCAUGAUGACCAGGUUCGGCGUACAUACGAGGAGAAACUGUUGGAGCGUGGCUGUGAUGUUCUGGCAGUACUGCCUGCAAAUGAAAAAGCCAACAAGCGCAACGAGGUCUGGCAGGCCGCCCGUGACAUGGUCAUAAUCAAACACCCUUUCGAGCUUGCCUGGAGAAUCUACAUCGAAUGGCAAGAUAUCCAAAGCUUUUCGGAAUGGGACCGUGGAUUUCUGGAGGAUUUUAUCGAAUUCUUCCCAGAGCACGGCCUCACUAAAGUUCUCAAGGGAUUUUUGGCCAGUGACCUCUCUCCAUUCCCCAAGGACCCGAAGAAGCGGAAAGAGUCGAAGGACUCUGCAGCUAACGAUCAAGAUGCCGAUGGCAGCAAUGGAGAAAACGUUGAGCUAGCUGCUCAAGAUAGCCUGAUAUUGAUGGUAGAAGGCCUUGAAAUGUCCUCAUCGUCUGUCGUCGCGCACAGGAUUGUUGGUGAAGUCUACUUAUCGCUGGAAGAAUACGAAAGUGUGGCCGAUGUAGCUCGCAAGGGGCUAGAUAACCUUCAGUCACUGGUCAAAAUGUCCGGGAUGAAGCUUCAGAACACGACUGAUUCGAUGAGAAUCACCCUUGCGAAUGCUCUGAUUUAUUACCAGUCCCCAAGAAAUCAUCCAGAGGCAAAGCGCAUCUUUGAGGAAAUUCUCCGUCGGAACCCGAAAUCGACGAGUUGCUUACUUGGAAUUGGCCUUGUUCUCAAGGUUGACGAAGACUACGUGGAAGCCGUCAAUUUCCUUGGACGGGCUCUAGACCGAGAUCCGACUAAUAUCAAGGUUCGCGGUGAGCUAUCCUGGUGCAAAGCGCUCAACGGAGAUUUUGCAUCUGGGCUCGAUGGUCUGCAGGACGUGCUCUCCGAACUGCAGUCUACACGCUCCGAGAACAGAGAAUUCAAGGCUGAAAUCCUCUACCGGAUAGGAUAUUGCCAGUGGGAAAUAGAUCCGUCUUCCACCGCGCGUAAAGAUCGCAACGGUGCCUACGCCAGCUUCUUGUCUUCAAUCCAAACCAACAUGAAUUUUGCCCCGGCUUAUACCUUCCUCGGUCUAUACUACGCGGAUUACAAGAAGGACAAGACAAGGGCACGCAGGUGUUUCCACAAAGCUUUUGAGCUGUCAGCAUCAGAGAUUGAAGCUGCAAGGAGACUAGCAAAGACCUUUGCCGAUCAGAAGGAAUGGGAUCUUGUUGAAGCAGUUUCUCAACGGGUCGUCGACUCGGGCAAAGCCAAACCCGCGCCCGGUUCGAAACGGAAAGGUUUCAGCUGGCCAUACGCAGCUCUGGGAACCGUUCAAAUCAACAAGCAGCAAUACCCUAAAAGUAUUGUCUCCUUCCAAGUGGCUCUGAGGAUCUCACCGGGAGAUUACCACUCGUGGGUGGGCCUGGGUGAGAGUUACCACCAUUCCGGCCGGUUCAUCGCGGCCACGAAAGCAUUCGAGCAUGCCCAGCAGUUGGAGGGCGCACUAUCCAGCUCUGAUAAGGAGCAGAUCUGGUUCGCGCGAUACAUGCUGGCGAACGUCAAGCGGGAGCUCGGCGAGUUUGAAGAUGCCAUUUCGAGGUACGAAGAAGUCUUGAGCUUCCGGCCAAAUGAGUUCGGUGUUUCUAUUGCACUGCUGCAAACGCUCACAGAAAACUCAUGGAAGAGUCUUGAGCUGGGGCUCUACAAUGAUUCUAUCGAGCUUGCCCGCAAGGCCGUCCUCGUGGCAACGUCGCUUGCCCUCGAACGGGUUGAUAUCUUUAAUCUGUGGAAGGGUGUGGGAGACGCAUGUUCGCUUUUCGCGUACGUCAAAGCGAAAUCAGGACGGCUGCCCCUCAGCGAAACGUUCACCUUGCUCUCUACCCAACUCGAGCCUACAGCGUUUGAUAUUCUCGCCGAUGUCGACGAAGUAGGUCAGAAACACCUUUUGUUGCUAAAGGAGGAGGGCGAGGAAGGGUCUACGCUGUCCGAUAAAUGCAUGUAUGCCUCCAUUUUGGCAUAUAAGCGCGCCAUUCAUGUCUCCGUGCGCGAUUUGCAUGCCCAAGCUGUUUCCUGGUACAAUCUUGGCUGGGCAGAAUACAGAACCUACAAGUGUCUGCAAGCAGCUUCGAGCACUGCGGGCCAGAAACAAUCCCGCAAAUUCUUGAAAGCCGCGAUGCGCUGCUUCAAACGUGCCAUUGAGUUGGAGGCCGGCAAUUCUGAAUUUUGGAACGCGCUUGGGGUGGUGACAACCGGCAUGAGUCCCAAGGUAGCGCAGCACGCGUUUGUCAGAAGUCUCCAUCUCAACGACAGAAGCGCCCAAGUUUGGACGAAUCUAGGAGCGCUCUAUCUCAUCCACAAUGAUAUUCAACUGGCCAAUGAAGCGUUUACCCGUGCGCAAUCGACAGACCCGGACUAUGCCCAGGCCUGGAUUGGCCAGGGUUUCCUGGCCCUUCUGUUUGGGGAUCCGCGGGAAGCCAGAGGUCUCUUCGAGCACGCGUUCGAUAUCUCGAGCUCAUUGCUGGUCUUGCCGAAACAGCAGUAUGCCCUCAGCCUCUUCGACCAUCUCAUGUCGGACUCCUCAGUUUCCAAUGAGAUUUCGCAACUUAUUCAGCCCUUCUUUGCACUUCAUCAACUUUCCUCACAAAAUCCGUCGGACCUCCCUUUCGUACACCUCUCUGCUCUUCUUGCAGAGAGGAUGGGUGAGAUAUCCGACGCAGAGAGUAGUUUGAGAACGGUGUGCUCUGCUGUUGAAGCUGAAUAUGAGGUGUCCGAAUCAACUUCCGCCCUUUCAAGAUUUGCACAAGCGAAUGCAGAUAUUGCUCGGGUUCUACUAGCACAGCACCAAUUCGAGGAGGCGGCGGAGAAGGCCGAGAUGGCUCUCAUGCUAUCCGGCGAGGAAGAUGCAGAGAAGUUUGAUCCAGAAACGAGCAGAAAAUUGCGGUUGUCGGCGCACUUGACUGCUGGUCUGUCGCAUUACUAUCUUAAGUCCAUGGACAGUGCCAUUGACAUGUUCCGCGACGCUCUUCAGGAGGCAGACAAUGCACCAGAGGUUGUGUGUCUUCUUGCUCAGGUGCUGUGGGCAAAGGGCGGAGAAGAGGAGCGGACUGUGGCUCGCCAGCAAUUAUUUGACUGCGUCGAGGCAAACCCCGAUCAUGUUGGGGCCGUGACACUUCUCGGGGCCAUUGCGAUCUUGGAUGCAGACAAGGAUGUCAUCGAGGCGGUCGAAUCGGACCUUCAGAAUAUGAUUACGAGAGACGAUAUUGAGAUUCACGAACAGACGAAGCUUGUCAAGCUGUUGACGGCGGUGUCCACGUUAGGAUUCGGUGACAACUCAGGGGUUCCCGAAGAAACAAGACGCGUUGGCGAGGCCGCUGCCGCCGUGAUGAGGGCACCACAUCAGCCACAGGGCUGGAUGGAAUUGUCGGCGGCGUCUGAAGAGCCAUACGCUGCCGAUAUGGGCGUCAAGAGAGCUUUGCGGAGCGUUCCCCCUCGUGGCCGACUAGAGGCCGAGGACCUUUCUGCUGCAUUCGCGCAGACCGGGAAGGCGGGCGAUGCCUUGAAAGCCAUUAUGGUCGCACCGUGGAAGCAAGGCGGAUGGGAGGAAUUGAAUCAUGCGACGUCCACAACUGCCUAG